CACCCUCGAUCAAUAAUGGUCCGAUAUGAAAAGGCGUCCUUCGGGCGCAGCAUCCGUGUGGCCCGUUGGAAGACCGACGUUACUAGGAAGACGACAGUGGAGUUCGACAGUUGGUAUAAGGACGCUGGGAUUAAACUUCCAGCGGUGUCAUGGCCCGCGACCUGUGUCGAGCACAAUCAUACCGGAAUUACGACAACGGCUUACGUCUCCACCUUCUAACACCUGAUAGUACGAUUUGGAUUUCUUUAAGGAUUGCGAACGCGAGAUGUGCAUGAGUUUGUUUGGUACUGUAGUAGGUGACCAAAAAAUCAUCUGUAAUGCAAAGGACGCUACGUGGAUUGUUGUACUGUUCAAUGUGGUACGCCAGCAUACUUUCGGGAUUCUUCAUCAUCGCUUGUCCGCUGCUCCCACUGCUCCUCAUUAGUCCCCCGACUUUUCGCAAAUGUGGUGAGCUGCUAUUCUCCUGCUGGGAAAUGUAUCCAACUGUGCUAAUGAAAUUUCUCGGUGUAAAAGUAAUAGUAUCUGGAGAUCAUAUUUUACCCAACGACUCAGCGAUUUUGGUAAUGAAUCAUCGUACAAGAGUUGACUGGAACUUUCUUUGGGGGGCUAUGUAUCAAGCGUGUAUGCCGAAUGUUGCAGCUCACAAACUUAAAUUUAUAUUAAAGGAUCCCAUAAGACACAUUCCUGGCCCAGGCUGGAUAAUGCAGAUGAACGGCUUCCUGUACAUAACGCGUCGCUGGCAAGAGGACCGGGGUCGAUUGUCGCGCACACUCGACUACCUGGUAGCACUCCACCGACGCAGCCAAUUACUCAUUUUUCCUGAGGGUACCGAUCUUACACCUAGCAGCAAGCGACGCUCCCAUGAAUACGCCGAUAGUCAUGAGUUACCACGUUAUAUGUACAGCUUACACCCAAAGACCACGGGUUUCAGUUACUUAGUGCACCAUCUACAGGAUGUGGGAUAUCUCGAUGCCGUAUAUGACCUUACCGUCGGUUAUCCAGACUUUGUACCUCAGUCUGAAUUAGAUUUGCUAGGCGGUAAGAUUCCCGAUGAGGUUCAUUUCCAUGUGGAAAGGAUAGCCCAGGAAGACAUGCCGAGAGAUGAGCUCGCGCUCAGAAGUUGGUUGGAAGACAGAUGGCGAAAAAAGGAGCAAAUCCUUCAGAAUUUUUACAUAAAUAAAACAUUCAAGAGUAAACCUUGGUCGACGCCCCGACAAACGCCUCUUACUAUCGCUUUCAUCUUUUGGACUUUACUCUCUGGUGCAAUGAUAGUGAUGCUCAUGGUAUCUCCGCUAUUUCAGCUGUGGACAUUCUUGCAUACAAUGUUAUUUAUUGGCAUAUCCAUUUUUAGUAAUGGAUUUAAUCAGUUGGAAAUCAGAUGGUAUCAGAUAUGGAAAUCGCUAGUUCAUAAAAUUAAACUUGAUUAAUUAUUCUAUGACACUAUUUACAAUUUAACAAUAAUAAUAGAAAAAGAAUGUACAUCAAUUAUCUGUCUCUGUGAUAAACAAAUUGUACAUUGUGUAAAUUUCAACCACGGGUUUCGAUAGUUUUAGAAUAAAAUAAGCACUAUUUAUCAUUUUUGUAGCUAAAUACGGAUAUAUAUAUCAGACACAUUGAAAAA